GAAAUGGACGCCCCUCUUGCCACCCCCUGCAACAUCCAGAUUUGUGAGGUCACUUGUGACUCCUUCCGCAUCAUGUGGGACAUGAGCCCCGAGGACAGUGCCAGAGCAACACACUUCUUCAUUGACCUGAGCCGCAAAGAGAGCAGGGACCCCAACCGCUUCAAACACAGGGAUGUGCCAACCAAGCUGGUGGCCAAGGCUGUACCUCUCCCCAUGGCAGUGAGGGGCCACUGGUUCCUCAGCCCACGGACAUUGUACUGUGUUGCUGUCCAAACUGCAGUCCGGCAGCCAGACGGUGACUACCUGGUUUCAGAGUGGAGCCAGGUGGUGGAGUUCUGCACCGGGGACUAUGCCAUGGAACACUUACAGCAGCUUCUCGACAAGGCCAAGGGCUCUGCAGGGAGGCUGCUGAAGUUCUCUGUGUUUUAUCGCAACCAGCACCAAGACUACUUCGACCAAGUCAGUAGGGAAUGUGGAGGCCUGAUGCGCCCAGCCCUGAAAGACAUCAGUGGGAGUCAUGGUUCUCCCAUUAAUGGCAAGCUGCAGGGAGUCUUCUUCAGCUGCAACACAGAGUUCGAUACAGGCCUCCCUCCCAGAGACUCCCCUUACGGCCCCUUGCGUUUCCAGAUCCCAGCUGGUCACCUGCUGAACCCCAACAUCUCACUGUACUUUGCAGACUUCUACUGUAUGUACACAGCCUACCACUAUGUGGUGCUGGUGCUGGCACCUGUUGGCUCAGAGGGAGAUACCUUCUGUCGCACUCGUCUCCCUAUGCUGGACUUGGCCUCCAACCCCUUCCUGACAUACACUGCCCCCCAGAGGCCAGGGGAGGAGCCUCUGUACUGCCAUGCCAGUGACGUCAUCCUUGAAGUGCUUUUCUCAGAGUCGGUUCCAUUGGAUCAGGGAAGCGUGGAUCAGAUCAGUGGGCACCACCAGCUUAUGAGUCUGACAACAGCCAACGCCAAGAAAGACCCGAGCUGCAAAGUGUGCAACAUCAGUGUGGGGCGUUGA